GCGGCAGAGGGCGGGGCGCCGGCCUCCCGGGAGGACCGCUUUUGUUCCGUAGAGCCGCCGGCCGGAGGCGGCUAUUGUCUGGGCUCCGGCCGGCGCGUCUGGCCCCGGGGCCAGGAGGGGCGGCGGAGUGAGCGCGCCGCCCUGGGAGUGUGCAAGGCGCGGGCCUGGCCGCGGGGUCUCCAGAGCCGUUCCUUGGGGGCCGGGCUCGGGGCCCCCUGGGCGGCGCGACCCUGCGCAGGGAGCGGCUCCCGGACCGGGUGGGCUCACCCCCGGGCCAGCGCCCAGGGCAGGUGCCGGAGCCGGGGGUGGGGGCGAGGGCGUUCCCCAGCAGCCCCUCUAUGCAGGAGGAAGGCCGAGGCUGGAGAGGGCAGCCUGGCAGGGCCUCCUGUUCCUUGGGGGCUCACUGGGCCUCCCCUCCCUUCACACUCCCCAAGCGGGCUCCUACUCUGGAGACCUGUGAAGAAGCUUCCGGAGCUUUAAUGGAGCCCCGUCUGUGCGGCAGCCACGUGAAGGCGGGUGGAGGAUGCCCUGCCUGCAUGGAGAGUUGGGAGGGGGUCUUUCAGUACCGGGGUUGAGUACCGGGCAUGUGGACAGCCUGCACUCUUGCUCAGAGAGGGGCGGGGUCCAGUAACAUGCCGGGAGAGAGGCCGAGUGGAGGAGCAGCCACCCCAAGCCCCUUGUGGGAAGUAGGUCCCCCACACGCCCGCUGAGUCCCUGCCUGCUGUGCAUCUCUGGUGUGGCCCCCAGGAUCUGGCCACUGACUGCCCCAGAGAUGGGGGGCCAGCUGGGGGCACUGGGGGGAUUUGGGCCACAGUGUGGCUGGUGGAUGUGGGCAGGGCUCAGGGAAGCUGGGGUGGGUGACAGCCAGCCCUACUCUCCCCCCACACACACCCAUACAAGCCUGCUCCCCUAGCCUGCUGAGCAUCCGCACCCCUUGGCCUCUUGGCCACUCAGCAUGGGGCCGCGCCCUGGCAGGUGGACUGCUGCUGCUGAGGGAUGAGCUCCUGUCUACCAAGGCUGGGGAGAGGCCAUGGGCUCCAAGGGAGAGAGCAUUUGUGGUGGCCAAGAGUUUGUGCCUUGGUGGGAGAUGCCAGCCUGGCUUGUCCUGGACUCCAUCCAGGAUGGCUGUGCUGGUGGGGGCCUUUCACUCCUCUACCUCUCCAUUCAUUUGUCCCAUGCGGCCGUCUUGUGCCCUUUGGGGAUUGUGGGAGCCAAAUGUGAGAUCCCACCUUAACCUCUACCCUGUGUGUGCUAGUGAGGCCGUGAACAGGGUGGGGCACUCACCCCACAGUUUAUUUUCCAUGAUGCAUCCUGUAGGUGCCUACCUGCCAACUGUGAGUGGGAUAAGUGGAUCCAUGUCUCCAGGACCUCAGUCCAGCCCCAUCAUUAGAACUUGGCUUGUUUUCUCUGUCCCUUCCCUCUGCCAUUCCCACAUGCACCCCAGAGGCUGUUGUAGGCUUUUGGUCAGAUGGCAGCCCCUCUGCAUUGUCCCACACCUCACUUUUCUACUCCCCACGCUCCUUGGAUCUGGCCACAAAGGUGUGACAGCCUUGACCCCUGGGUCCUUCCUGUUUCCCCAUGAAGAAGCUGAGCCCCAGGGGUGUGACAGCGCCCAGGGCUCUCGCACGGCACUCAGCUCUGUGCUUCUGGGACCCUCUUGAGAGCAGUGGCGGGUGGUUGGGUCCACCUUUCUGGGGUGCUGGCUUGGAGUCCUGGGCCAGGCCCCUCCCACAAGUUCAAGGAUGCCCAGGGGAAACCCCAGGCCUGCACAGCAGGACCUCCCUGGGCCAGGCCCAGCAGCUGUGGACCAGGUAGACCAUGGAUGAGAGUGCCCUGGGACAGAUUUGGGCCCUGGAGGUCGGUGAUGGGAGGCUGGGCAGUGGUCCCAGCGAGAGGGGCAAGGCCGAGGCCAGGGCUGAGGAGGAGAUGGUAAGAAACAGUUGACAGGACUUGGCAGGAUUUGGGUUGUGGGCGAAGGCUGGGGGUGGUGUUUCCAGGCUGGUGCCCAUGUCUGGGGUGCAGGGGGAACUUGGGGCUGUAGGCCAGCCUGGGUAGGUGGACGUGGGACAUGGGGCCUUAGAGCAAGGCCUUAAGGCCAGAUGAGGAUCCAGGCACCCUGCUCAGCCACCUCUGUUGAGCGUUGACUGUGUGCUGGUUGUUAGGCCAUGAUCCCAUGUCCCUGCCCUGAAGGUGUUGCACAGGCCUGAGCCAUGGGUCCCCUUAGGGCCUCUCCCUACCCUAGGCCUCAGUUCUGCCAUCUGCUGCCCACUCUUGAGACCCCCACAGUGGACAUCUGCGUGGGUGGUUGAGGGAGGUGAUGGGGGUGUGUGCACAUGUGAGUGCUUCUGGGGACAGUGGGCACUGAGCGCUGGGUGCUGUCAGGAGAGCACGAAGAUUGAUGUGCUCAGGCCUGUGGGCCGGGCUGGGUGCUCAUGCACGUGUGUACAUGCACGUGUCCCUGUUGGAAGGACCAGGUAUGUGCACAUGUGUGUCCAGGUCCUUGUCUGCAUGUGUAAUGAGGCUGGACCUUCCCAUGAUUACCGGCUGACUCACGCUCGCCUGCCUGCCCACCCGCCCGCAUGAAGUCAUUGCCCAUUUUUAGCUCCCUGAGGUCAUGUGCCAGCGGGGGCUCUUGGGGCCCUGCAAUCCUGCUGCCAGGCUGCCCAAGCUGGGUGUUAGUGGGCCAUGUUGUAGGACUGCUAGGCCUCCUUGAGGGGCUCUGGCUCUCCUGGACUCCUCCAUCCCCUCAUCCCCCCAACUCUGCACUCUGUCAGACCGUCACCACAGGCUGGCGUGAGAGGAAUAAGCUGGGCCACAUAGUCGCAUUGAGGGCCCAGGUGGGCUUCCCCCACCUCCCAGCCACUGCUUGGCUAGGGGGUAGCAGGCUCUUCUCUCGGGGUGUUAAUGUCUGUAAAUGUCUGCAAACCGACUAAGGGGCCAUGUCCCACUGGCAGUGUCCUGGACAACAUCCUGGUCCCCUUUAGUCAGUCUUGGUCCUCAUCCAUCGCCCGGACUUGUAGCCCCAGGACCUGGCCCCAAGGGCCCAGCAGAGAGAGCGCGGCCCCUGCCACACAUUUGCUCUGGCAGUUGCCAAAUACAGAUGGGGCUGCUGAGGCCUCAGCAGUGACACGCUGUCCCUGGACCUUCCCCUGCUCCAGAACUGUCCCAGCUCCCCAGUGCCCUGAAGAGCCCAGGCCACCCUGUGCGGCAGCCCACCAGUAUGCCCCCACUCUGGGCCUCAGUUUACUUUUCUUUCCCAGGGAAUAGUGUUCCUCCUUCCUGGCAAGGUUCCCAACAGACGUUCCGCCCACAUCCCAAGACUGAGAAGGUGGCAGCCACAGCCCCCCGAGGAGCAAAGUGUGACUAAAAGGCUUGGCAAAGUCACCUUCCUGCGGAUGUUUGAGAUUCCCGUUAGUGGAUUGGGGAGUUCGGGUGAAUCCUGUGCCCUCUGUCAGGCCUGUGUCCCUUUAUGUAAAAUCACGAGUUGUCCUCUGAGGCCCUGCUUCUGGAGCAGGAGGUUGCAUUCUGUGGCCUCUUCCUGUGUCACCAGAGCCCGAGGGAUCCCCUGUCCUCACAUGUUGGUGCAGGUCUCUCCCUGGAACCCUGAAGAGAUCACAGGAGCCCAGACUCUCAACACUGCGUGCAGUUGCAGGAUCAAGCAUCCCUUCAGGACCAGGCCCCAACCUGGGGAAACUUCCUGCCCUGGGGAGCUCCGGAGACAGGCCCUGCAGGCUGCUCUGGGUGCCUUGCCUUGCACAGCUUCUGGGCCCAAGGACAGGAGCAGAGUAGGGCUCUGAUGCCAGGCAGAUGAGGAUGUGAGCUGCUGGCCUUCCCUGGGCCUCAGCUCGUGUCUCUGCAGGCCUCAGGGUCUGGGGGCCCAGCAAGGGAUCCAUCCUGCAAGGCACAGGGCCUGGGCUGGGGAGCAGGGCCUGUCCUCCUGCUGACCCAGCCCUGGCUGCCCGCCCACCUCGGCUUGGAUUUCAUUCCCUACCCAUCCUGGCCAGAUGCUGAUCCCAGGACACCGGUGCUGUGCGGAGGACCCAUGUGGUCAGGCCCGGGGGAAGACUGUGGCUCUCAGGUUCCUGUGCCACUCAGCACAGCAGGGGUCUGGCCUGGCUCUGCUGUGGGCUGGUCUGUCCUCUUUGAGCCUCAGUUUCCCUGCUGGCCAGUAGGAGCAGAGCCCGGGCAGCCAGGCCUCACUGGUUGCCAUGCCAGAGGCGCCCGAGGUUCUGGAGGAAACAGUGACAGUGGAGGAGGACCCUGGCACGCCCACCUCCCAUGUGUCCAUUGUCACGUCAGAAGAUGGCACUACCCGACGCACUGAGACCAAGGUGACCAAGACCGUCAAGACGGUGACAACACGAACAGUGCGCCAGGUGCCCGUGGGCCCAGACGGCCUCCCCCUGUUGGAUGGCGGCCCCCUGCUAGGCCCCUUUGCUGAUGGACCCCUGGACAGGCACUUCUUGCUGCGUGGGGGCGGCCCAGCGGCCACACUUUCCCGCGCCUACCUCAGCAGCGGGGGCACCUUUUCUGAUAGCCCUGAGCCCCGUGAGGUCCCCAACUACGGCAGCCUGUCCCGUGGGCUGGGUGUGCGACCCCCGCGAGGUGGCCCCCUUGGCCCAGGCCCUGGCGAUGGCUGCUUCACACUGCCUGGCCACCGUGAGACCUUCCCCGUGGGCCCUGAGCCUGUGCUGCCAGCUGGCCGCUCCCAGCCUGAGCGCUUCCAGGCUGAGCCCUAUGGCUUGGAGGACGACACGCGCAGCCUGGCUGCUGAUGACGAGGGAGGCGCGGACCUGCAGCCCGACUGUGGCACCACCGCACGGAGGAGGCCCGACUGUGGGCGGGGCCUCCGCACCAGGGCCUAUGAGGACGGGGCAGAUGAUGGUGGUGAGCUGAUGGAGGAGCGGCCCCUGUUCCCGGCCGCGACGGCACCCCUAGCCCAGCCAGAACGGGGCAGCCUGGGCAGCCUGGACCGGGCAGUGCGGCGCUCGCCCUCAGUUGACAGUGCCCGCAAGGAGCCGCGCUGGCGGGACCCCGAGCUGCCUGAGGUCCUGGCCAUGCUGCGGCACCCUGUGGACCCCGUGAAGGCCAACGCGGCCGCCUACCUGCAGCACCUGUGCUUCGAGAACGAGGGCAUCAAGCGUCGUGUGCGGCAGCUGCGGGGGCUGCCGCUGCUUGUGGCUCUGCUGGACCACCCAAGGGCAGAGGUGCGGCGUCGGGCCUGCGGGGCUCUGCGAAACCUCUCCUAUGGCCGAGACACUGACAACAAGGCUGCCAUCCGGGACUGCGGCGGCGUGCCUGCCCUGGUGCGCCUGCUGCGGGCCGCUCGGGACAAUGAGGUCCGUGAGCUUGUCACAGGCACGCUCUGGAACCUGUCAUCCUACGAGCCCCUGAAGAUGGUCAUCAUUGAUCACGGCCUGCAGACGCUGACCCAUGAGGUCAUUGUGCCCCACUCGGGUUGGGAGCGUGAGCCCAAUGAGGACUCUAAGCCACGGGAUGCCGAGUGGACAACUGUCUUCAAGAACACUUCAGGCUGCUUGAGGAACGUGAGCUCGGAUGGUGCAGAAGCCCGGCGGCGGCUCCGGGAGUGUGAAGGGCUGGUGGACGCACUCUUGCACGCCCUGCAGUCGGCCGUGGGCAGGAAGGACACGGACAACAAGUCUGUGGAGAACUGCGUCUGCAUCAUGCGGAACCUAUCCUACCACGUGCACAAGGAGGUGCCUGGGGCUGAGAGGUACCAGGAGGCUGAUCCUGGGCCCCCGGGCAGUGCUGCGGGCCCCCAGCGCCGGAGGCGGGACGACGCCAGCUGCUUUGGUGGCAAGAAGGCCAAAGGGAAGAAGGACGGUGAGAUGGACCGGAACUUUGACACGCUGGACCUUCCCAAGCGGACCGAGGCCGCCAAAGGCUUUGAGCUGCUGUACCAGCCCGAGGUGGUCCGUCUCUACCUCUCCCUCCUCACUGAGAGCCGGAACUUCAACACCCUGGAGGCUGCCGCAGGUGCCCUGCAGAACCUCAGUGCUGGCAGCUGGAUGUGGGCCACGUACAUCCGUGCCACGGUGCGCAAGGAGCGCGGGCUGCCGGUGCUCGUGGAGCUGCUGCAGUCUGAGACUGACAAGGUGGUGCGUGCUGUCGCCAUCGCCCUGCGCAACCUCUCGCUGGACCGGCGCAACAAGGACCUCAUUGGGAGCUACGCCAUGGCCGAGCUAGUGCGGAAUGUGCGCAGUGCGCAGGCCCAGCUGCGUCCCGGGGCCCGCCUGGAGGAGGACACAGUGGUGGCAGUGCUCAACACUAUCCAUGAGAUCGUGUCUGACAGCCUGGACAACGCGCGCUCACUACUGCAGGCCCACGGCGUGCCGGCGUUGGUGGCACUUGGCGCCGCCAGCCAAUCGGUGCGCGAGGCGAAGGCCGCGUCCCACGUGCUGCAGACCCUGUGGAGCUACAAGGACCUGCGCGGUGCCCUGCAGAAGGAAGGCUGGACCAAGGCACGUUUCCAGUCAGCUGCUGCUAAUGCCAAGGGAGCUAAGGGCACCCCGAGUCCCGGAGGCUUCGACGACAGCACACUGCCGCUGGGGGACAAGAGCCUUGAGGGCGAGAAGCCAGGCAGCCGUGACGUGCUCCCCAUGGAGGCACUUGGCCCGGAGUUCUCCGCGUGCCCGCACCCCGCAGAUGGAUACUCCACUGUGGACCGGAGGGAGCGGAGGGCUCGAGGCAGUGACCCUGCAGGGGACAGCUCUGAGAAGGAACCAUUGAAAGGCCUGGCCGGCCUUCUGUUCUUAGGCCUGAUCACGAAAGAAGGGAACUCCGGCUGGCCUGCGCAGACCCUGCCUGGAGCUGGGAGCCGCCUGGUGGCCACAGGUGACAAGGCCUCUGGCUCCAGAGCCAGGGCCAACACUCUGGACACACCCGCUUGCCCCCCCUCCCUCCCUUGCUCCGAGCCCCUAGGCUGGUUAGCGCUUUAUAGACUCCGUGCUGUGCGUGAGACGGAGGGAGUGGGGCAGAGAGAAGGCCAGGAGGUGGCAGCAGAGGGCGCCUGGCUUGGCUUCGGGCCAGUGGGAUUGGAGAGUGUGCCCCCGCAUGGACGGGGCAGCCAAGGGGCAGGGUGUGCCCUGGGCUCCCAGGGCCACCCUGCGAGUGCCACCCUGCAUAGCAGGCCGCCUGGGGGUGUGGCGUGGCCUGGGGGCUGGCUGAGCAGGACCUCUGGAGGCCAUGAGAUGGGCGGCAGGCUUGCUGCCCCCUGCCCACCAACCCGUGAUGCCUGGACCCCAGUGCCAGGGAGGCCCUGCCGAGCUGCGCAUAGGCGGGAGCCCCGGGUGGCGCCUCCAGGACCUGCCUUCCGAGCAGUGGGGGCUGCUGUUCAGUGCCUGCUGUCUGUGACUGAAAUCAGAAGAGAACCACGGAAAUAAGCAUUAAAAACAAGACCAAAAUAAGAUCGUAUUGGUAAACACCUAGAUUUUUGUAAGAAAACUUAAAAAUUAAAAAACUCUUGAGGAA